UCCCUGUCAGGACAGGGACUACUCAAGGAUCAUGAGAACAGCCAGGAUGCUACUUGAAUGGGUGAUACCAUGGCUCACUCUCUACCUUCCACUAUCUGCAGCCAGCACUGUUACAGUUCAGAUGGUGACCAAAAUGCCAGUAAUUACAGAAAUGAGACUCGCUCACAACAACCAGCUCUGCAGUACAUGGGGUAACUAUCAUUUCAGGACUUUUGAUAGUGAUUUCUUCCAGCUUCCCUCCACUUGCAACUACCUCCUUGCAUCCCAGUGUAAGGGAAGCCAUGACAGUUUCAAUAUUCAGUUAAAACGGCAGGAGAUGAAUGGGGUCACCACCAUUGAGAAGGUCACCAUGAAACUGGAGGGGGCCAUUGUGGAAUUAGCAAACACUUCCAUCAAAGUCAAUGAUAAACUGUGA